UAAAGCGAGCGGACACUUUGACAAGGAAGAACACUUUCCAUCUAACUGUCUCUCCACAAAGAACACUGUCUUGGCAACGUUCUAAACAGAUUUGGCAUCCCUUUUUUUCUUGAGGAGCAGACGCCUUUACCACAAGGAAAGGGAGAGUAAAACAGGACUGUAGAGAAAAACUGUUUAAACUUUGAAAAAAAUAAAUAAUUAAAACAAGUCCACCAAAAGUCUGGUGCAACGUAUCACUGGACCUUCUUGAUACACAACGAAGUCGCACUCUUCCUAGCGCCAUGGGUUCAGUUCUGCCAGCAGAAGCCUUAGUGCUGAAAUCGGGAUUCAAACCACAGGGACUGUCCCUCUCCGAAAUCAUCACAUCAGACAUCCUCCACAGUUUUCUUUACGGGAGAUGGAGAAAUGUCCUAGGGGAGCAUCUUUUUGAGGAAAAGAGUAACAACGCUAACCCGAAAACCGCAUUCACCGCUGAAGUCCUAGCGCAGUCGUUUUCUGGGGAAGUGCAGAAGCUGUCCAGCCUUGUCUUGCCCAGUGAGGUCAUCAUUGCCCAAAGUUCCAUUCCAGGAGAAGGGCUUGGAAUCUUUUCCAAAACCUGGAUCAAAGCUGGUACAGAAAUGGGACCUUUUACUGGCCGAGUCAUCUCUCCAGAACAUGUUGACCUGUUCAAGAACAACAACUUGAUGUGGGAGGUUUUCAAUGAGGACGGCACAGUGCGCUACUUCAUUGAUGCCAGUCAGGAGGACCACCGCAGUUGGAUGACCUACAUCAAAUGCGCACGGAAUGAGCAAGAGCAGAAUCUGGAAGUUGUUCAGAUUGGAAACAGCAUCUUCUACAAGGCAGUUGAGACAAUCCCUCCUGACCAGGAGCUGCUGGUUUGGUAUGGAAACUCCCACAACACAUUCCUAGGAAUCCCUGGGGUGCCAGGAAUGGGCGACGACCAUCAGAAAAAACAGAAGGCCGGUAAGGACCCCUCUCUGCCUGGAUUCGGAUGUCUGUCUUCAGGCGGUGGAAGCAUGGCAGGGGAGGCUGAUCGCUAUCAGAGAACAAUGGAUGUGAUAAAAGAAGACUUCCACUUAUGUGAUGGUGCCUCCUCUGCAGGUGCCAGUCGCAUGCGAUGUGUCAUCUGUCACCGUGGAUUCAACUCCCGCAGCAACCUGCGCUCCCACAUGCGCAUCCACACUCUGGACAAACCUUUUGUCUGCCGCUUCUGCAACCGACGGUUCAGCCAGUCAUCCACCCUUCGGAACCACGUGAGGCUACAUACAGGGGAACGGCCCUAUAAAUGCCAUGUCUGCCAGAGCGCCUAUUCCCAACUGGCAGGCUUACGAGCACACCAGAAGAGUGCCCGGCACCGGCCGUCCCAAGGAAGCCCCGUGGUCACACUACAGGCCCAUUCACCUCCUCCACAGAUGCCCGUGGCACAUGCUACCUCCUUGGCUCACCAUAUUCCCACCAUUGUCCUGUGAUGGAGGUUGCUGGGACAGAACCAGGGAGCAGAGUGCCUACUCAUUCUCACACCUGGACCCAGACAAUGCUUCCCAGUUCACAGCCCCAUCAGGUGUGAGUAUACUUGCUGGCCCAUGUGACUCUGGUUGUAUUUUUUUGUUUAUAUUUUGCUUAGCUCCUCAGAGAGGAUGGCACUCUGAUAAUGAUAAACACCAACAAAAUGCACUGCAAGGUGGUUUGAGUUCAGUCUUUUGAAUCUGUUUCUUAACCAUCAGUAAGCGCUACAAGGACACUUGGGGACUUCUCAGUAGGCUAGGCCACUUAACCUAAUGGGGGGAAAAAGCUAGAAGCCAAACAAAUUAUUACUGUAAAGGCAGCAUAGGCAGCCAUUGGCCUCCAUCCAAAAGGGGGAAAAAUGCUGGACUUAUCAACCCAGAGACAGUAGUGAAAUUAAUUUUUAAAAAGUGUAUUUAUAUAACAAAACACCACUUAGGGCCGCUUUCUGUCAAAUCAUCUUGCAACAGUACUGUUUCUUUAAAAUUCUUUAGUUUGAUAUAGUGACUUUCAUGUCGCUCUUAUGGCCAGUGGAACUUCUGGGUCUCUGCAUUUGCAUUUUUUUUUUUGUUGUUGUUUAAAUAAAGCACUUUGGCCUCGGCCGUCUGACAUGCAGUUACCCAAUUUCCAUGCCUGCCGAUAUCAGACUGUAGUGGUAUCUGGACUGCAACCCACAUAAUACUUAAAGUAGGCCUUCCAUAAACACAGCAUGGGUCAUGGGUUUUCAUAUAUAUGAGACUUAAAUUUUAAAUUCUUUUGAUCCAAGAUCAUUGCAUCAUAUUAGUGGUGUCCCUUAAAUGAAUGAAGUACACUCAAAAUACUAACGUUAACUUACUUUAGUGGCAUUGACACUUGAGUUUUGUGCACGGGACUGAAGCCCCCUUCAGGAUCCAACUCCUUAUGACCCUGUACAGAUUAAAGCAGUUUAGAAAAUGUGGACUGUCACUCACAUAUCCAUUGAUUGUUCCUUACUUUCUUUAAUGGCUGAGAACAAGCAGUUACAAAAAUCUACAGUAGAAUUUUUAAAAUUAUUGGAAAAAUAAACCAAUAAAUCAAUUUAAUAAUCCUCGUAGAUUUAAAUCCAUAAAAACCGGAUUUUGCAUGCCAGCUGCUUCAACUGGACAUGCGGCCCCCUGGUGGCAACGAGCAUCGCAAUAUGCUGUGUAUUUUAUGGAUUAGUGUGCCCCUAGUGUCCUUUCGUGAAAAUGCAACCCCUUCUUGGGAAGAGGAACAAAACGCUUGUAAGAAGAAAGAAAAAAAAAAAGAUAAUGUACACUCUAUAUAGUAUAUAUACAAAAUGUAAAUGUAAUUUUAAACUUGUGCUCUACUUCCACAAUACUGAAUUGUCACUUUAUCUUUGUAUAUAUUUAUGGUAAACCUUAUUUACAAGACUUUGGUAUUAUAUAUUGAAAGACAAAACAAGUAUAUGUACGCAGAUGUAAAUAACUUUGUACUUUUGCCUUGUAUCUAAAUAAAACAGAAAUUAA